CCAAUCGUCAGUAAAAUCGCAAGCAAACUCUCAUCUCAGAUUACAAGAACUCUACAAUGGAAGGAACCAAGGGCGCCGGAGGAAGAAAAGGAGGUGACAGAACUAAGAUCUCCAAGUCUGUUAAGGCCGGACUCCAGUUUCCCGUCGGAAGAAUUGGCCGAUACCUCAAGAAAGGCCGCUACGCCAAGCGCACUGCUGCCGGUGCUCCGAUCUACUUGGCUGCUGUCCUCGAAUAUCUCGCCGCUGAGGUUUUGGAAUUGGCGGGGAAUGCAGCGCGUGACAACAAGAAGAACAGGAUUAACCCUAGGCAUCUUCUUUUGGCUGUGAGGAACGAUGAGGAGCUUGGUAAAUUGCUUCAAGGAGUCACCAUUGCAAGUGGUGGAGUUCUUCCAAACAUCAAUCCAGUUCUGCUUCCGAAGAAGACAGCGUCGAAUUCCACUCCUACUGCUGAAAAAGCUCAGAAAUCUCCAAAGAAGGCCUAAAUUAACUCUAGGUUUCCGAGAACGAUUUAAACUUUUUUUUUUUAUUUCCUUUUUGUAAAAAUUUAGGACCUUCCUUGAAACCUUAGUUUCUUAGAAAAACCGAGGGUUUUGAUCUAUGGUUUGCGUUUCAUGUACGCAUCCGUUUCACAAUAUCUAAUGAAAAUCUUUCCGUUUUUCCA